UGGGAACCUUUUCUUUGCGGCCAAAGGAGGACACCGGACAGGUUUUGGGAGACGCCAAGAUGGCGGCGUCCCUGGUGACUCGUUACGGUCGUGUGGCGGCGUUUAAGGCUGUAUCACAGCAAGCAUGGGGUGUACGAAGUAUGCCUUCUCUUUAUCUCUGCACCAAACCAGGUAAUUCUAAAAAAGGCAUCCCAAAAGUGGCCAGACCAUCACCUGAAACUGCUCAAGAAACACAUGACAUUUCUACCUACAAGAACCUACAGCAUCAUGAAUAUCAACCAUUCACUUUUGUGGAUUUUGAUGUUUUGUUGUCAAAAUUCAGGCUGCCUCAGCCAUCUUCUGGGAGGCUUUCUCCAAGACACUGAAUUAAUUGUGGGAAAUAAAUAAAUUCUCACAAAAUAUUAUGUUUGUGGGUGUUAUAAAUUAAUAUUAGCAUUAAUUCCUCAGUUAUUGCUGAUUGUAUGACAGAUUAGUUCUAAUUAAAUGAUAACUUGAUAAUUCCCUUAGUUCAUGCUACUGUGCAGUAUCAUAGCACAUAUGAUAAAUAUAUAAUCCUGGUUCAUAAAAUUCAUGCAUAGCACAAAUUAAUUGGUAUUGAAUACUGAUGAAGUAUUUUUAAUUAAAUUAUGGUGAGUAUAUUUGUUUUGCUAAAGAUGCAGUUUUAGAAGCCUAGUACCACUGCUGAAUGAUGUUAUUUAUCUUAAAGUAAUAUAUAAUGAAUAAUGUUAUUGUAAAAGAUAUAAAAGUAAUUGGCUUGAUGUUUGUAAAAGCCUGAUUCUGAGUAUGGAUGAAUGAGGAUGGGUUGCCUGCGCUAAAGUAAAGGGAAUUGGCAUGUAAACACUGUUCCCUUCAUUUCUAUAUGAGAUUUAACUUGAUAUAGAAAAUUGUUUUGGAGAUGAAUAUCAAAUUAAAGGCUUGAAUAGGGGAUUGUUCUUUCCAAAAUUUGCAACAAAAGCUUGAAAAAUUUGCAAAAGCUUGCAAACAGCUGAAGAGGCAUUUCUAGGUUUUCACUUUGCCAGAGCAGGUAGAAAUGAAUAAAACAAGAAGAAAUCAGUUCUGCAAUUAUUUGAUAUGUUAAAAAAGAAUAUAUCUACAUUUGUCUCUGGCAGUGCUGAUAUACCUCCUUAAUACAACAUCAUGCUCUAAUUUUUCAACCCCUCAUUUCUAGUAAACAUAAAUUCUGGGGCUCUUGAGAUUAAUUUUCAAACAUGCUUCAUUACCAGUUUUUUUAAAAAAAUAUUCUCUACAGCAAAAAAAUGUGCUUUGCUUUAUGUGAGAUAAGCAUGAUUUUAGAGCUGUGUUUAUGCUGAAAUCUUAGUUCUGAGAGGUAUUUUUUGCUUCAUGUUUGAAAUAACUGCAAUAGUAAUAAUUGUAAUUAGUACAAAUUUAGGAGCCUUUUUAUAAUUGAGUUACUAUUGCUCACUUUGAAAAAUGCUAAUUAGUUUCAACUUUAAUACAUAUUAAAUUAAACAUCUGAACAUCUGGGUCAAAUCGGAGCUUUAAGAUAAACAUAGUUAAUUGCUUCUGUUAAGAUCUAAAAUCUGAAUUAUCUAGCAGUUAAACCUAAGUGAUUUAAGAAAAACAUUGCAAAGAAG